AUGGGAGUAGUUGAGAAAUUGAUUGCUGGAAAGGACGGAGUUGUUCGAGGUGCCAUACUUAAAACUGGUAAUGGAAGAAAGGAAAGAUCACUUCAACAUCUAUACCCGUUGGAGGUGGCAAGUGCACCAACUAAAUCACAGCAAUCGAAGGUAUUGAAUCCAAAGGCGAAAGCAUUUGAGCCAAGAAAAUCAAGAGCGGCGAAAACAAGGGCGUCAGAGAAGAUCGGACAGAUAAUAAGUGAUAUUGCAGACUCUAAGGACAAUUAA